ACUUGUUCUCCAGGUUAUGCAGCACAAUCUUCUGAAAUCCUCUUCUGAAGUUCUACAAUGUCUACUUCUGUGGUCUUGACUGCUCUUCUGGGCCUGUUUAGUUUGAGUCAGGCAUCUCUGCCGGACUGUAAGGAGCUCAUAACACCGCUAACCCUGGAGGAUGACAAUAAAAGUAUCAUGGGUAAAUGGAUCUUCCUUGAAGGCGUAGCCGAUGACCACUUAUUUACAGAUGUCUUGAAAAUUACGAACAGUUCAUGGGUGGAGUUUGGCCCAAGCACUCUUGCAAACACUUUAACCCUCAAUCAAGGAAACAUGCUAAAAGGAAAGUGUGAAUUUUCCACCAUCAACACAACUCUUAAGGACAGCACUUUAAAUGCCAAAGAGAAUGAUAUAAUAUCAGAGGCCAAGUUCUUGCCAUCCUGUCCUGACUGUGUCACCAUGAGCUUCAUCAGCCAAUUCAAAAAUAAGACCAUACAGACUCUGUACUUUUUCAAAAGAGACAGCAGCCGAACAGAGUCUGACAUGGACACGUACUGGAAGCAAGCUGAGUGUCUUGGAUUCAAAAGAGAAACCCAAUACUCCUAUGAUGGAGUAACAGAACUCUGUCAUGUGGUCAAGGACAGCUCAUCUGACCAGAAGCCAAGUUUGGACAAAUCAGAGCAAUAAUACAUGCAUGCAUGACAUCUUUUUGCAAUCAAAUUUGUAAGAACCAACAUGACAAGAAAAACAAUGUUUGAAAUCGAAUAAAGAAUCUUUGUUAUUCA